AUGAAGUCAAAUGAGACCACCUUUUUUAUUGGUGGUGUUGGUGUUAUCACAGGGUAUGUUUUCCUUGAACUUAUCACAACAUCCGCUCAGAAGAACUGUGCAGGGUUGGAUGGCGAACUGACAGACUACAAUGACUAUGAUUCAAGCGACAUUCAUGGGAUAGAUAACUUUACCAUAGACGAUGAAGAUGUCAACUCACACUUGCAAAUCCAAGCAACUCUGCAACACUUUCAAGAGUGUCGUGACAAGAAAUGGUCAUGUGAUAGAGAUUGUAGUUUUAUAACCGCUGAGGAAGUAUCUACAUUAGGCCAGCAGCCAUUUCCGCAUGACAAGUGCUUUGGAAUACCUAUCAACUACAAAUACACACGCGAUCAUAAUAUCGGCAGGUUCCCUAUCGAACUGGGUGUGCUGAGCCGAUAUCCCAGAUGUUGGUCGUACCUUGGUCCAUUAAUAUGCGCAACAAUCUUUCGGCCUUGCUCUCGUCAUUAUUUCAUUGAGAAGGAGGAGAAUGGCAGCGUUAAGGAUGGAACCAUUGAGUUGUGGCAGCUUUUGGAUGAUAGCGUGUGCGAGAAAGCUGUGCAAAUGUGCGGUGAUGUCAUCUCAUCCGGGCUAUUCCCAUCUUUUAUACGUUGUAAAGAUGUCAGCACGAAUGACACUGGAAUGAAGAGCCGCCUUAUAUAUUCAAACAAAUGCCAGCACAGUAUCGAUGACUACCCGGUCAAAGUUGACGAGGGUGCCUGUCCAUGGCCACUGGUAUUGGAAUCAAGCUCAUUACAGACAGAUUCAACACCUCUACUAGAUAAUUGUUAUCUUCCUUGCAGAUCCCCAUUUGUAUCCCCUCCUCUCUCGGACAGAUUUCGAACGGUCCGUUUCUUUAUUUGUACGCUGCUGACCAUCCUUUUCUUUUCGGAAUCGAUUUUUUUGUCGCGUUUUUGUAAGCUAUUUACUGAACAUAAUUCUCUCUUCUACAUCUCGCAUGCAGUGAUCUGUGCCGCUACAUAUUGUCUCGUCUGGAGUUUAUCAUAUUUUGAUAUUUUUUUCACCCUCUCUGAGUGCGCUUUUGGUGGCGUUUCUCGUCGUUUCGCGCUUUCUCACAGCAUUUUCGAAUGGUGCUCUAUACAUUCUAUUAUACUUUACACAAGUUUUCUUGCUGCUUAUAUAUGGUUACUGUUACUUUACGUCAAUGCCAUAUGCCCACCGAGUAUGAUUUCAUUCUAUUUUACGCCAAGGUCUUUCCGCAUCUGUUCCCGACUUUUUCUUAUCUUCUGUGUUUAUGGGAUAUCUGUGAUAAUCUCGUUUUUUGUUAUGAGUAGCCUGCGUGAGAACGACGGUGUUUCCGGUGUUUGUCAUUAUGGACUGUUAACAUGGUGGAAAUAUCUUGCAUCCAUGUUUCCUUUGGUAUGCAUUGCAUUGAUCCUAAUAAGCUUUAUACUAAUAGUUUCGCACAAAAGAAAAGAGAUCAUGAAUAGGUUGGCCUUGAGGCAUGCUUUGGAUGAAUUGAACGGAGAUGAGAAUCAGGAAUAUACUGAGCAUUUCCCUCGGUUUGAGACGGAUGGCGAUGCAGUCUUUGCCCAUGUCCCAGGAGCAGUCAAUGGUCCUUUGAGCAUCGAUGUGAGAUGUGUAAGAGAAAAUCAAGGGUUACUUCGAGAAAAUCCUAAUCAGCAGAUGUUUUGGAAUGUUUAUAACAGGAGUCAGCGGUUAUUGAGUGAGCGUCUUUGUCGCGAGCGUAAUUCUGGAAUAUCAAUCAGGUGGAUUGGAGCGUCGUUUAUCUUAUUUAUGUUGUUUUUGGUAGUAUCUCCUUUUAUUCAUUAUCAUUAUGUUGCAAUGCCCGCUAGACACGAGGAAGAAAGCAUAGUAGAAUAUAUAACAUGUCAUGUCGCCCACACAAUUCGCAAUCGCUCUGUAGAGUGGAUCACCCAAAAUGACUACCCUUUGCCAAAUUCACACGAUGCAUUAUGGUGCUCACUGCCUCUCAGGGAUGCGCGAGAUCGACUCGAAGGGAUUCUUGUGGUGUUUGUAAUUCUGCCAGUUCUACCUUUUCUGGUUCUACUAAUGGCUUUCCUGGCUGGAUUGAACGGCUACGGAAGGUUUGGGAAGUGGCAGAAACAUGAUGGUGGCAGCGAGUUUUCCAAAGUACCUGUAGACUGUGAGACUUGUGAAGCAAUUCCGAUGAAGCCUGUUGUUGUUCAUAAGUCUGAUGUAGAGGCUGCGUCACCUAGUUCAAAGGACACAAAAGCGUCUUUUAUGGAGGCUGUAGACGAGACGCAAAUUAAACUGCAAACUGAAAGCCAUGAUGUGGAAACUGGCGAUAGUACAAGUGUUGCUGAAGGUGAUAGAGAGAGUCAAAAAGAAUACCAAGAAGAACUCAUGAACAUCAUAAACAAAAUCCGUGAUGAGUUAGCAUUCCAGCAAUCUAUGCUUGUUACGGACGGUGCCGCUUGGAAUAUCUCUCUAUACUACAUGCGACGCAUUGAGCAGCUUUUAUCUAAGCUGCAGUCAUCCGACAUCAAGGCGGACAGGAUAUACAAAGAACUGCAAACGUUUGGAAAUGAAAUGAGCAGGGUGGUUCCGUCGGUUUCAAGUCAUGUCAUGCAACUUUCACGAUGGAUGGACUCUGUUCGCGAGACAUAUCUGAACAUUGAGCAUCUCAGAAGUGAUCCGGAGGAGCACCAGUAUCCUGUCGGCUCGGGAGACAUCUCUCGCCAGCAGGAGUUGAUAGCUUUGAACGACUACAUAAUGCGAAUGGCAGCGUCAACUUCAAGCCAUCACGAAUCACCGCAAGCAUGCACAACAAAUGCUGAGUUCAGUACUGUAGAGCAGGAAAAUGUGAACUCGGGUCCAUUGCCAGUCGAGAAGGUGAAGGAGCAGCCGUCGGAACAGAUAUGUGCUGUCAGUCGAGAGCAACGUCAGGACUCGGUUGAAGAUCAGCAGCCUGGUCCCAGUCAUGAUAGACAGGAUGCUCCUGAGAUGGUACCACCAGCUGAUCGGCGGACGGGAGUUCCCAUCAAUGGGAAUGCUGCAGUACCUUCGCAGUCCUCAGUUAGGGCCCGUCAGAUUCUGCGAAUUAGUGCAUAUGCUGAAUCGUACUCAGCUACUCCGCAAGGUAUUCUGACGAGACUGACCGUACCUGAGCUACGCAUCCGCGUGCAACAGAUCAAGAAUAUAUGCGCUGGUGACUCUCUAUAUCCUCAGGAGCUUUCCUAUAUGCUUUUGGUCACGGGUGACAUCACUUUCGGGGGAAAUACAGCAAGAGAAGAUUUUCAUCUGUACACGAUGGAGCAACUUCCUAGCAUAUUUGGUGCAAAUGUGCCAAGUAUCGAUGCACGGAUAGGCGUUCAAGAUUUUCUUGUCCAGAUGCGCAGGAGAGCACUUUGCGUGGUGGCUGCCAUUGGAUACCACUUUUCGUUACAUCACAGGAGAGGUUUAGAGUAUACGCCUCCAGUACUACCUCCACUGGGACUGUAUCGAUCUGAAAACGAGUUGAUACUACGACGAGUUUUGGGUGACAAUGAUGAUGUGCUGCCAUCAUUACGUGACUUUCUGCAGGAGUUCCAGUUCGGACGAGGACCGGUGGUUCCUCGCCUCGAUUUGAGAUUCGCCACUGCUUUCAGAAACUAUUUGUGCCUUGUUGCGGCAAGAGAGGGUUUCGACAACAACAUCGAAGAGUACGUUCCUGAUCCCGACCCUCCGCAAGAGCCGUCAAACGCUCAGGCAGAUGCAGAUGAUUCUGAUGAAGAUAACGAUCCUGAUUUUUGAUGUUCCCAAUCAUCGCAGCACUGAUCCCUUACAUCUCGCGCACGAGAAUCUGUCAUCGUAGAUGACCAUAAACUUCCGAUCACUGCUUUUAUUUGACCGAUUUUCUAUCCAUAGUUUCUUAAUCUUGUAAGGAUCUUUAAUUGCAGUUUUUGCUCUGCAGCCGUAUGCCCUGCUUUUUUCGCUGAUUUAGUAGCUUUCAAACAACCAUAUCACGAUUUUUCUCAAAUCUGACGGUUUCUUUGCUUCACGCUCCGUUGCCUGAUUUGUUUGCAAAUUUUAUGUGCAUA